GUGGGUCUGACAAUCACCUCGGUCAAGGCCAGGUUGAGUGAGAGGGACACCACUGUGAAGGGUGACAAGUGGCCAGGGGAGCCAGCAUGCCAGGAAGUCAGGAUGCUGACAAAAUCUGUGUGUCAGGGAUAGAGGGACAAAACCCUGCACCACAGAAGAGCUCUGCCUGACAGAGGCCUUGAGGCACCACUAGGAGUGGAAUUCAGGGUAAGAGUCUGUGUAGGGGGUCAGAGGCUGGAGGCAGAGGAGACUGUUUUGUGACUCUGCUUUCUCUUCCCUUUUUGAGGAAGAGUGUCUUGGAAACAGCAGAAGGGAAUCCACAUUGGUAAAACUGCCCAUUAUCUCCAUUCCUUUCCCAUCUCCAUCCUUCUGAUCUGCUCCGCUGCUUUACCCUUCUCUAGAGCAUCCGCCAGGUUUUCUGACCUCAAAGGUGACAAACAGCUAGUGUCUUUGCUGUUAUGUUGAGACAGAUGCCUGUAACCCAGGUUGGCCUUGAUUUCCUUGUGUCCCUGCUGGGGAUACAAGCUUUAGCCAGCAUGCCAUGUUUAUGUGCUCUUGGAGAUCAACCCCAGGACUUCAUGCAUGCUAGGCAAGCGCUGGCUCUACCAGUUGAACUACACCCGAAGACCUCACAUCUAGGGUUGUGAUAAGUUCACACUGGAACUGAGUGCCUGGAGCAGAGUGAGUCCAGAAGUGGACCGAUUGUUCCAACAUCCUGAUCUCUGUCUUUUUCUCUGCAGGUCUUCCAGACUGGGUCUUCCUCUCAAGGGGCAACCCUAACUCCCCAUUUCCGUACAUCUCUAGCGAAUGGCUAAGAAAAAGUGAAGAGCCAAGCUUAGAUGCAGGCUCCGGACUGAGCACGAGAGAGACAAGCAGAAGAGGCUUCGUGUCCCGUUGGCCUGCUGCUGACGUCUGCAGCGAAACUAGGCAGCGGCCACACUGCUGUGGCAGAAGGCAGUCACCAACUAGGAAGGUCUCUAAUUAGUCUUGUGGCCCCGCCCACUUUUUUCCUGGAUUCAAGGCGAUGUUGCCUCAAAACAAGGACCAGGUGCUGCUACCGAACACAGUGCCCCCAGGGUGUCCCCCUCAGGUCCUCUCACAGUUUGCUGACUCCCCUCCAUCCAACUUAGCAUCUCUCGCCCCCCAUCAGUCCCUCCCUCCUCCUCACCUACCUUUGCCAUCUCACAGGCCAGCCUAUUUUUCCUUCUCUUCUCCGCCACAGCCCCACUCUCCUGGGCCUCACUGCUACUCUUCAGACCCAAAUUCUGACUUUGCUCCCCUCCCAUUCUCCUCCUCCCUCCCGAGUUCCCCCACUUUCUUUCACCAGAACUACCCUCAUCCUCCUUCAAGACACUCAUCCCCUCCCCUCGCCUCCCCUCCUCUUUCCCAGGUACAAAAUUCCUCUCCUCCCUCUUGCCAGUCUCCUCCCCACCUCCAGGGCAUCCAUAGUUCCACGGCCACAUCCCCCAGCCCCAACCCCCCUUCUGGAGGGAUUUCCAGUAACAAACAAACACGGCAGUGUCCUCAAUCCAAAAACACCAGGUCCCCUGGGGUGGCAGGGGGAUGCAAGGUAAGCAAGGUGGACCCUGCAGAGUUCAAGGAACCAAUGGCCCUCGCCCAAGCCCUAGCCGACCGUGUGGGGCGCCGCAGAAUUGCAAGAGAUCUCAAGCUACUGUUUUGGCAGCACCUGUGUCUCGGCACAUCCACACCCAGCCAGGCCCCAGUCGUGGAGUACCCCAUUUGUCUACAGUGCCUCCAGCCCCGCACCCAGUCUUGCCCCACCCCCAAGUACAAGACGGAAACAAGGCUGCUUGCCUUCCCUCAACUACUGCCCUGUGCUCAGGGCCAGGAGUCUGGGCCUCUCCGCAUUGGUAUUGGCUUCGGCCUCCGCUUGCCUCUGGGCCAGGCCAGAGCCUUGCAUCUGCUACCACCAAAAAAACGGCAGGAAGCAAGUCCUCAAGGAGAGGUCGUCCUGAGGCAACCGCCUACAACCCAGACCCCAGAAGCUCAAGUUAUGGACACACUCUCCCAGGCCGGGCCCCUCAAGUUUGCAGGCCUCCAAUCACUAAAAUCCAGCCAAUGUUCCGUGCCUCCAGCUCAGGCACCAAGAAGGGUCACUGCCUCCCCAAGGCCCAGAUUGUCUACAGCCCCAAAGAGGUCUGUGCCUCCAGAAUCUAUUCUCCAAAAGUUACCAUCUUAAUUCCAGAGCAGCGGAGACCCUAUGGAACACCCUCUCCAAACCCCACCCUCCCUACCAGGACUUCUCAGACCUUAGGAAGCCACAGCAACACCUUGAAGGGCUGGCUGGCCGGAGGCCAAGUGUGUUCUCCUGCCCUGAACCCUGGAAACCCCUUGUGGAGUCUGCUCUCCCCUGGUUGAAGACCAGAAGCACCCAAGGCCCCAUUCAGCCUUCACUGUAUCCAAUAAAGUCUAACCCUGGGACUUGUGUCUGUGUCCUACUGUGCCCACAGGGUGGAUUCAAGGGCUGUAGGAUAAGGUCCCUCAACAAGGUUGGAGGGAAAGGAAGGUCAAGGACAGAAAGUGCCACACAACCCGGUAUCUGAGCUGCUUAGAGACCUCUGCAUGGCCCUUUUCUGGUUUAAUUCUAGUCUGUGGACACAUAAUUGGAAUUAAAGAAGAGGUCACUGGGCCCAUUUCUCAGGGUAUGCCUGGGUGGACACACAGCAGCCCAUUUUCCUCAUUGGGAAAGACGUGGCGAACAACUCAUUCACAGGCAAACAAAGAAAUCCCAUGUACAGACCAGAAGGCUCCAGGACUGGAGAGAUGGCUGAGUGGUUCGCUAGCUGCUGCUCCUGCGGGUUCAGGUUCAAUUCUCAGCACCCAUAUGGCAGCU